CACCAAUGACAGCUGAUACAGCAACACCAAGUUCAAUGAGUUCGAACAAUGGCCAACUUUCGCCUACCAAUGGACUACCAACUCAACCGAUCCAAAUUCAAACAGCGUCGGGAGGUGCUUCGGCGACACCAGCACUCGGAAUGUCUGCAGCGAACGGUGGCCGCAAAAGGCCACUGCUGGCUGGUGGCCCCCGAGCCUCGAUGACGCCUACAAAGCGCACCGUGAUGAGCCUCUUGGCUAGGGCAAGAGCAGCACAGGCGAAGCAGUUGCCGGCCACGUUCCAGAGAGGCGCACCUGAGUGUUGUAUAGUUGACGCACUUCCAUUGCAAUGGAACUAUUUUGAAAAAGCGAGUUCACCACCAAAAAUUAUUUGCAGGGCGGGAGGCACGUCCAUUUUAGAAAGAUUUGAAUACCUCUCUUGACCGUCUUUACAGAUAGAGACGUACAACUACGUUAGUUCCACUAUUAAGGGAGGACUAUUUGACGGGAACGGUUAAUUUAAACUUAUUUUAAUAAUCCUAAGAAAUACAUCGCAACUUUACGAAAAACUAUUUUACAAGAAAAAAAUUAAAUACACUCUUAAAUGCGCAUGUAAAGACAGCACUCCAAAAGAAACGUUUUCUUUCACACA